AUGCACGCCAAGGGCGGCCGCACCUUUUCGCGCGCCUUUGCCGCCACCGUCGACGACGCGCAAAUCCCGCUCGACAGCAAGAAGCGCAAAUUCGGCCCCUCCGAGGGCAAAUUGCCACGCAUCCCAGAAGCCAAGCCGACGAAGCGUUUCGCGCCCAUCCGCGGUGGUCGGUCCUGGACGAUUUCCGUAGCCGUGCCGGGCAGCAUCCUCCACAACCUCCCAACCGCUGAGCAGCGUCUCGCCACCGUCGCCCGUCUCGCGCGGUCGCUGGCCAUCUUUUGCGUCGACGAGGUCAUCGUGUACGACGACGACGCCGCCGCGGUGCCCUCGUCGCGCAGCAGCACGACGAUAACACGCCUCGACGGCUCGCCCGACGCCUACACGGGCGACUCGGACCCGUGCCACUUUGUCGCCCAGGUGCUGUCCUUUCUCGAGUGCCCGCCGUUUAUGCGCCGGCGGCUGUUCCCGCUGCACGCCAACCUGCGGCAUACGGCGCUGCUGCCGGCCGUCGACAUGCCGCACCACCCGCGGCCCAAGGCGGCCUGGCUGCCGUACGUCGAGGGCGUGACGGUGCCGCCCGCCGCCGAGGAGGAGGGCGGCGGCGGCAGCGGCUCCGUGGUCGACACGGGGCCCUGCGGCGGCCGCGUGUGCGUCCCCGACGACAUACCCCCGCACACACGCGUCACGCUGCACCUCGGCACCCACGCGGCCGCGCAGCAGCCCGUCUGCGCCGACCCGCACGCGCCCCGCGCCGAGGGCGGCUACUACUGGGGGUACGCCGUGCGCCGCUGCGCCAGCCUCUCGCGCGUCUUCACCGAGUGUCCGCACGCCGCCGGCUACGACCUGAGCGUCGGCACGUCGGAGCGCGGCACGCCGCUGGCGCAGGUCAUGGCCGAGCACCAGCAGAAGCGCGCCCAGCAGAAGCGCCGCGGCUACGGCCACCACCAGGCGGACAGCGACGAUGGCGCCGCCGCCGCCACGCCGUCGUUUCAGCACCUCGUCGUCGUCUUUGGCGGGCCCCGCGGCAUCGAGCUCGCCGCCGACCACGACCCCGCGCUCGCCGCCAUGCACAUCCGCGGCCCCAGGACCCGCGAGCUGUUUGAUCACUGGGUCGACGUGCUGCCGGGCCAGGGCAGCCGCGCCAUUGCGACCGACGAGGCCGUGCCGAUUGCGCUAAUGGGUCUGCGGGGCCUGUGGGAGUCGACGUGA